AUGGAUCGCUCCCGCGGGUCCUCUAGUGAGGCUGUCUCUGGCCUCAAGCGGGGGCGGGACGGAUCUGGUGACGCCGCUGCGGAUCUAGAGUAUGAGGCGUCGCUCCGCGCUAAGCUCCAGGCCUCGCGCAACCAAUCCUGGAACAGCAGCCUGGGCUUCUGCAACUGGCAAGGCGUGGUGUGUAGCCACCGGAGGCCAAUGCGGGUGGUGGCUCUGACAUUGGAUGGCACCGGCCUUGUCGGACGACUCUCGCCCGCCAUCGGGAACCUCACAUUCCUGCGGAUGCUCAACCUGAGAUCCAACUCGUUCCAUGGGGGCAUUCCGGCUAGCCUUGGCCGCCUCCGCCGCCUGCGGUGGCUCUACUUGGACACGAACUCCUUCUCCGGCACAAUCCCUAUGAACCUGAGCGCCUGCAUCAGCAUGAUCAAAAUGAGACUGGACAACAACACGCUCGGCGGGCCCAUCCCGCCUGAACUCGGCGAGAAGCUAACAUCCCUAGAAGUGAUCACACUGAGAAACAACAGCUUCACAGGGCCCAUCCCGACGUCAUUGGCCAAUCUGUCCCGUCUACAAGCCGUGUCCCUCGCCGAUAACCAGCUCGUGGGCUCAAUCCCACCAGGGCUCGGCAGCAUCCAGAGCAUGCGAUAUUUCGGUCUCUUCAACAACCUCCUCAAUGGUACGUUCCCACCUUCUAUCUACAACUGUUCAUUGCUGGAAGCAUUUGAUGUAGGGCAAAACAUGCUGUCCGGAAGCAUUCCGGAUGACAUAGGAAGCAAGUUCCCCAAGUUGAGAUAUCUUGGCACGGGUGGUAAUCACUUUACGGGGACCAUCCCUUCUUCAAUACCCAACAUGUCUUCCCUUGUAAGACUUAGCCUCGUGCAGAAUAACUUUAGUGGGUACGUGCCUCCCACGUUGGGGAAGCUGGGAGCCCUUCAAGAAGUCAAUUUGGCAGUCAAUAAGCUUGAAGCCAAUGGCAACAAGGGGUGGGAAUUCAUUACUUCUCUAGCAAACUGCAGCCAACUACUGCGACUGUCAUUGAACUUCAAUUCAUUUGGAGGACAACUACCGGGUUCAAUAGUGAACCUCUCAACGACUCUACACACCUUAAGCUUAAGUGACAAUAUGAUCUCAGGGAUUAUUCCUGCAGACAUAGGCAAUCUGGUUGGUCUCGAAACACUUGGGAUAGCGGUCAAUUCCAUAUUUGGAGUGAUUCCAGAGGGCAUUGGUAAGCUAGAGAAUUUGAUUGAGCUAUUAUUGUACAAUACUAGCUUGUCUGGCCUCAUACCGUCGUCGCUAGGGAACCUUACGCGGUUGAAUCAGCUUGCUGCACGUAAUGCAAACUUGGAGGGGCCGAUUCCGGCAAGCCUGGGGGAGUUGAAAAAUCUCUUUGCACUUGAUUUGUCAAAGAAUUACCAUGUUAACGGUUCAAUACCAAAAGGGAUUUUCCAAUUAAUUAGCCUUUCUUGGUAUUUGGACUUGUCAUACAAUUCCCUUUCUGGACCCCUUCCUAAUGAAGUUGGUAACUUGGGAAACCUUAACCAACUGAGUCUAUCAGGAAACCAGUUGUCCGGAAUGGUACCUGAUAGUAUUCAUAAUUGCAUAGUGCUGGAAGAGAUAUUCUUAGACAACAAUUUCUUUGAGGGAAGCAUACCUCGGUCACUGACAAAUAUACAGGGGCUCAGUAUAUUAAACUUGGACAUGAAUGAGUUCUCUGGCGAGGUGCCAACCGAAGGUGUUUUCAGAAACAUCACUUACUUAGCAGUUGCUGGCAAUGUGAAUUUGUGUGGUGGUACACCUCAACUUCACCUGGCUCCAUGCUCCAUAAGGAAGAACAAAAAAAAGAUGUCAAAGUCUCUUGUAAUUUUUAUAGCAACCUCUGGAGUAAUCAUGUUCUCUCUAUCAGUUAUUCUUCUUCUUUGGAUAUUGUGCAAGAAACUCAAACCAAUCCAGAUGAUAUUAGCGCGGAAUUCAAUUGUAGAUGACCAGUAUGAGAGAAUCCCCUAUCAUGCAUUACUGAGGGGAACUAACGGAUUUUCAGAAGUCAACUUGCUUGGGAGAGGAAGUUAUGGUGCGGUUUAUAAGUGUGUUUUGGACAAUGAAGAAAGAACAUUGUCUGUCAAGGUGUUUAAUCUUAGUCAAUCUAGGUAUUCCAAGAGUUUUGAGGCUGAAUGUGAGGCCAUGAGAAGGAUACGACACCGUUGUCUCAUCAAGAUCAUUACAUCUUGUUCAAGCAUCAACCACCAAGGUCAAGAGUUCCAGGCAUUGGUUUUUGAGUUCAUGCCCAAUGGUAACUUGGAUAGUUUGCUUCAUCCAAGAUGCCAAGAACCCACUAUAGACAACACACUCAGCCUUGUCAAGAGGCUUGAUAUUGCUGUCGAUAUUGUGGAUGCAGUAGAAUAUCUGCACAACUACUGUCAACCAUUGGUAAUACAUUGUGAUCUUAAGCCAAGCAACAUUCUUCUUGCUGAAGAUAUGAGCGCACGAGUUGGAGACUUUGGCAUAUCAAAGAUCCUUCAAGAAAAUACAAGAGAAGGGGUGCAAACUUCAUAUAGCUCAAAUGGAAUUAGAGGUUCUAACUUUAUAUUUUAUUUACUUUUCAAGUGCGGAGAAGGCUCUACGAUCUCAACAGUUGGUGAUAUUUAUAGUCUUGGCAUAUUGCUGCUUGAGUUUUUUACUGGAAGGAGCCCAAUAGAAGGCACGUUCAGAGAUUCAUUGGAUCUGCACAGGUUUGUCGAGGAUGCUCUUCAAGACAGAACCUUUGAGAUAGCUGACCCAACAAUGUGGCUGCAUAGCGGACAAUAUGAUAACACUGCAAGUAUCAUAAUCGAGGAGUGCUCGUUCUCGCUCUUCAGGCUUGGUAUAUCCUGCUCUAAGAAACAACCUCGAGACCGAGCAUUGACAAGAGAUGCAGCGGUUGAGAUGCACGCAAUCAGAGAUACGUACGUGAAAUUUACAGGCGAGCAUGGAGCAGAAAGAGAGGCCUCGACUCGAGAAAUUCAGAACAUGGUUGAAUAA